CGGUGUGAGCGGCCCGGCUGGGGGGGCAAGAUGGCGGCGGCAAUAGGGGUCCGCGGCCGGUUCGAGCUGUCGCCUUGCUCCGGCCCAGGUUGGCUUCUCAGCCUUUCCGCUUUGCUGAGCGUGGUGGCCCGAGGGGCCUUGGCCACCACGCACUGGGUCGUCACGGAGGACGGGAAGAUCCAACAGCAGGUGGAUUCGCCAAUGAACUUGAAGCAUCCUCAUGACUUAGUCAUAUUAAUGAGACAAGAAACAACAGUUAACUACCUCAAAGAAUUAGAGAAGCAAUUAGUUGCUCAAAAAAUUCACAUAGAGGAGAAUGAGGACAGAGACACAGGACUAGAACAGAGACAUAAUAAAGAAGAUCCUGACUGCAUCAAGGCCAAGGUGCCCUUGGGAGACCUGGACCUAUAUGAUGGAACAUAUAUAACACUGGAAAGCAAGGACAUCAGCCCUGAGGAUUUCAUAGACACAGAAUCUCCUGUCCCUCCAGAUCCGGAGCAACCCGAUUGCACGAAAAUUCUAGAACUUCCAUAUAGUAUACAUGCUUUUCAGCACUUACGAGGUGUCCAAGAGAGAGUUAAUCUAUCUGCCCCUCUUUUACCUAAAGAAGAUCCAAUCUUCACAUAUUUAUCUAAACGCUUAGGAAGGAGUAUUGACGACAUAGGUCACCUCAUUCAUGAAGGCCUGCAGAAGAACUCUUCCUCCUGGGUACUGUACAACCUAGCUUCGUUUUACUGGAGAAUAAAAAAUGAACCGUAUCAGGUAGUGGAAUGUGCCAUGCGAGCACUUCACUUCUCUUCCAGGCACAAUAAAGACAUUGCUCUGGUCAAUUUGGCCAAUGUUCUACACAGAGCGCAUUUCUCUGCCGAUGCUGCCGUUGUGGUCCAUGCAGCUCUGGAUGACAGUGAUUUCUUCACCAGCUACUAUACACUGGGGAACAUAUAUGCAGUGUUGUCUCCACAGAUGCUCGGGGAAUAUAACCACUCGGUGCUCUGUUACGAUCAUGCUCUGCAGGCCAAACCUGGGUUUGAGCAAGCUAUAAAGAGGAAGCAUGCUGUCCUAUGUCAGCAAAAGCUGGAGCAGAAGCUUGAGGCUCAGCACAGGUCCCUCCAGAGAACACUGAAUGAAUUGAAAGAGUACCAGAAGCAGCAUGACCACUACCUGCGGCAGCAGGAGAUCCUAGAGAAACACAAACUCAUUCAGGAAGAGCAGAUCUUGCGCAACAUCAUCCACGAGACUCAGAUGGCAAAAGAGGCACAGUUGGGAAAUCAUCAGAUAUGCCGUCUUGUCAACCAGCAGCAUAGUUUGCAUUGCCAAUGGGACCAACCUGUGCGCUACCAUCGAGGAGAUAUCUUUGAAAAUGUGGACUAUGUUCAGUUUGGUGAUGAUUCAUCAACCUCCAGUAUGAUGUCUGUGAAUGUUGAUGUUCCUUCAAAUCAGAGUGAUGUCAGUGAGUCCAUCAAGUCUUCUCCUGUAGCCCAUUCUGUCCUCUGGGUGUGGGGCCGUGACUCUGAUGCAUACAGGGAUAAACAACAUAUUCUUUGGCCUAAAAGAGCAGAUUGUACAGACAGCUAUCCCAGAGUCCCUCUUGGUGGGGAAUUACCAACAUACUUUCUGCCUCCAGAGAACAAAGGACUCAGGAUCCACGAACUGACCAGUGAUGAUUAUUCUUCAAAAGAAGAGGCCCAAACCCCUGACUGUUCCAUAACUGACUUCAGAAAAAGCCACACCCUGUCCUUCUUAGUCAAAGAAUUAGAGGUCCGCAUGGAUCUGAAAGCCAAAAUACCCGAUGACCAUGCACGCAAAAUUUUGCUUUCCCGUAUUAAAAACUAUACUAUCCCAGAAGAAGAAAUUGGGUCUUUUUUAUUUCAUGCUAUUAACAAGCCAAACGCUCCGGUGUGGCUCAUUCUGAAUGAAGCAGGACUGUACUGGAGAGCAGUAGGAAAUAGCACUUUCGCUAUCGCCUGCCUUCAGAGGGCUUUGAAUUUAGCUCCGCUCCAAUACCAGGACAUUCCUCUUGUCAACCUGGCCAACCUUUUGAUUCAUUACGGCCUUCAUCUUGAUGCUACUAAGCUGCUCCUGCAAGCGCUGGCUGUCAACAGCUCCGAGCCGCUGACCUUUUUGAGCCUGGGAAAUGCUUACCUGGCUCUGAAGAAUGUCAGCGGGGCACUUGAAGCCUUCAGGCGGGCCUUGAAGCUAACUACCAGAUGCCCAGAGUGUGAAAGCAGCCUAAAGCUGAUCCGCUGCAUGCAGUUUUACCCUUUUCUGUACAACAUUACCUCUUCAGUUUGUAGUGGUCAUUGUCAUGAGAAAGCCCUGGACAACAGCCAUGACAAACAGAAAUAUUUUGACCACCCACAGUCACUGGAUGCUGCUGGAGAAGAGCCCUCUGAACAAGGAACAGAGGAGGACCCUGUGCUUUCUGUUGAGAACUCAGGGAGGGACUCAGAUGCCCUUAGGCUUGAAAGCACGGUGGUUGAGGAGAGCAAUGGUUCUGAUGAGGUGGAGAAAUCAGAUGAAACAAAGAUGUCAGAAGAGAUACUGGCUUUGGUGGAUGAGUUUCAGCAGUCCUGGCCUCUGGAAGGCUUUGGGGGAACACUAGAAAUGAAGGGGCGGCGUCUGGACCUGCAGGGAAUACGGGUACUGAAGAAAGGUCCCCAGGAUGGAGUAGCCAAGAGCUCUUGUUAUGGAGACUGCAGAAGUGAAGACGAUGAAGCAACGGAGUGGAUCACAUUCCAGGUCAAACGUGUAAAGAAACCCAAAGGGGAUCAUAAAAACCCUCCUGGUAAAAAAGUAGAGUCAAAUCAAGCAGAAAACGGAAAGCGCUACCAAGCAAACCUAGAGAUCACUGGCCCAAAGGUGGCAUCUCCUGGACCCCAAGGAAAAAAACGUGACUACCAGAGUCUGGGGUGGCCCAGUCCAGAUGAAUGCCUCAAACUCCGCUGGGUGGAGCUAACUGCCAUUGUGAGCACCUGGCUGGCAGUUUCUUCCAAAAACAUUGACAUCACAGAACACAUAGACUUUGCCACACCCAUACAGCAGCCAGCAAUGGAACCGCUGUGCAAUGGCAAUCUCCCCACAAGCAUGCAUACCCUGGACCACUUACAGGGAGUGUCCAACAGAGCCAGCCUGCACUACACGGGUGAGAGCCAGCUAACAGAGGUAUUGCAGAAUCUUGGCAAGGACCAGUAUCCUCAACAGUCACUUGAACAAAUUGGCACCCGAAUCGCCAAGGUUUUGGAAAAAAAUCAAACUUCAUGGGUCCUAUCCAGCAUGGCAGCCCUCUACUGGAGAGUGAAAGGUCAGGGGAAAAAAGCCAUCGACUGCCUGCGCCAGGCCCUGCACUAUGCCCCCCACCAGAUGAAGGAUGUGCCCCUAAUCAGCCUGGCCAACAUCCUGCACAAUGCCAAGCUCUGGAAUGAUGCCGUCAUAGUGGCCACCAUGGCUGUGGAGAUCGCGCCACACUUCGCCGUGAACCACUUCACUCUGGGCAACGUCUAUGUGGCAAUGGAAGAGUUUGAGAAGGCCCUGGUGUGGUAUGAGUCAACACUGAAGCUACAGCCAGAGUUCGUGCCUGCUAAGAACCGGAUCCAGACCAUCCAGUGCCACCUAAUGCUGAAGAAAGGCCGGCGGUCCCCCUAGGGCCUGCUUCCUUCCCUCGGCUCUCCCAGCCACGGUCCCCCUAGGGCCUGCUUCCUUCCCUCGGCUCUCCCAGCCACGGUCCCCCUAGGACAUGCCUCCCUUCCCUCGGCUCUCCCGGUCCUGAGCAGAGCCCCAUCACAGUCGGUUCCCACAUGGGGGUGUGUGGGAAUUACCGAGGAAGACAUAGCAGGACUUGGCCUGCAAGGCUGGCUUUGCUGGUUUAAGCUCCUCCUCCCCAGCUACCCUCAGAAGAGGCAUCUUCAGAAACAGGGUUUCCCACACACUGUAAAUACUGAGCCAGGACAGCCGGAGCUCCGCUCUGUCUUCAAAACCUCCAUGCCUUCAUGGCUCCUCCAUGGUCCAGCCUCUUCCCUGGAGAGGCCAGAGCCACACUGCCCAUUCUCUGCUUCCCGUGUAGCCUCUGUUCCUGGAAUUGCAAUGCCAGCUGGGGCCGGUCAGUGAGAAGCAGGGAUUCUUGAUGCCCCCAGCAGCUCUGCUCCCUGCCCCAGUCUCGUCCAUUCCACGCUGCUAUGUUACAAGCUCUCAGAGAUAGUUUGCAGGGGAGGAAGGGGAAACAAUUUUACAAACAAAAUAUUUACAACAGCAGACACUCUUAGGGUCAUCUGACCUUUGUAAGUUAUUUAUGUUGGGGUGGGAGGGGGGCUGAGCAGGGGAGUCAGCCGUGUGCAACAUCUUUAUCAUUUGUAUUUUAAUUGCAGAUCGCAAGGAAACCAAUACAUUGAAAUCCUAUAUAACAGGUUUAUAUAUAUAUAGAAUAUGUGUAUUUGAAGCCCUCUACAGACUGAGUCUGUGGUACUAAUUCCUUGUUCGCUGUGUUCCCCGUCUUGGAUUAGGCGUGACUGUCAGCCCUCUCUGUGAGGCUGGCACACCAACUCCUCAGAGGAGAGCCAGGAGCCAGGGUUGGGUGUCCCACACAGUGCCCUUUCCUUUGAUCCCUGGAGAAUCAGAAACUUCAACAUUUUGGAAUCUUUAAGGGCACAUAUUGAGAACAAAAAUAAAAAUUGUUUAUGAGCAAAA